GUCUUUGAAAAUGAAGCUGUUCCUUUUGUUGGCAGGAGUGACGACAGUGCUGUGCGCUGCGCCGCGCGCCCAAAACACCAGGAAUCUGCUGGUCAAAGAACAUGCCGAUGGUGGCUUCCAUCUCACCAUCGUUGACGAUGCAGGAGUGUUGGACGUCCUGGGCAUCUUAGGUCGCAACGUCGUCGUCGAUGACUCCGUGACCUUUGACGUGACCUCAACCUUCGACGAGGGCAGCGGCGGUUACAAGAUCACUGUGACCUGGGACGGACCUAGUGACAGGGUGUUUGAGGACUGCUUCAACUUUGGAAACAAACAAUGGUACGCCGGUCCCGAACAGAAGGAGCAAUACUGGCCCCUCCAGCACGCCAACCUGAAUAAGUAUUCCAUCAUCUCCAAAGAGGACGACAACGCCGCCGUCUCCGAACGCUACUGGCUCAACUCCGCCGGACACUACUUCUACGUUCACCCCGAAGCACCCCUCUUCGUGGACUACCACAACAGCCUAGACAACCAUAUAUGCUUCAUCGCUGAAGUCACCGCUCCUUACUCCACUAGACGCACUCACAACGUCCUCAAAUACGACAUCUGGCUAUUCGAGAACGCCAAAGUAGCUCAUCAACACGCUGUCGAUACCUAUCUAGGCAAACCAUCAGGCAUACCUGACUAUCGCAUGAUCCAGUACCCGGUCUGGUCUACCUGGGCGAGAUACUCCAGAGAAAUCGACCAGGACAGUCUCUGGGCUUUCGCCAACGAGAUUAAUGAUAGCGGAUUCCCUAACGCUCAGUUCGAAAUCGAUGAUCUCUGGGAAAUCUGCUACGGAUCCUUAACCGUUGAUGAGACGAAAUUGCCUGACCUUAAGAAACUUAUCCAGGAUAUUAAAGGGUUGGGUUUUAGAGUUGCUUUGUGGGUGCAUCCUUUUAUUAACAAGGACUGCGAUCCUUGGUAUUCUGAGGCUCUGGAGAAAGGCUACUUUGUACUUAACGAAGAAGGUAGCCCUGAUUCGACCUGGUGGAACAAUAACGGCUCUCUUCCCGGUUACAUUGACUUCACCAAUCCGGAGGCAGCUGUGUGGUACAGCGGCCGGCUCCAAGACCUUCUCGAUACCUACGAUAUUGACACGCUGAAGUUUGAUGCUGGAGAGUCCAGCUGGUCUCCUCAAAUCCCUGUACAAAAUGGCGACAUCGACCUUCACCCGGGACACAUCGUGCAGACCUACGUCAGAGAAGUGGCCAAGUUCGGACCCGCAAUCGAAGUACGAUCCGGGAUGAGGACCCAAGACCUGCCUGUAUUCGUCCGGAUGGUGGACAAAGACACGCUGUGGGACUUCAACAACGGCCUGGCGACUCUUGUUACCACACUCCUGUCUAUGAACCUGAACGGUUAUACGCUGGUAUUGCCUGAUAUGAUCGGAGGGAACGGAUACAACGAGAAGCCAAGCAAGGAGCUGUUCAUUCGUUGGCUGCAAGCCAACGUGUUCAUGCCGGCUCUGCAGUACUCCUUCGUACCCUGGGACCAUGAUGAUGAGACGGUGGAAAUCUGCAGGAAGUACACCCAGCUUCAUGCCGACUAUGCCGAUGAAAUUGUGGCAGCUAUGGAGGCGUCUGUCAGAGAUGGUACCCCUGUGAACGCGCCCAUCUGGUGGCUCGACCCUACGGACGAGACAGCCCUUGCUACUUGGGAUGAGUUCCUCCUGGGUGAGAAGAUCCUGGUAGCACCCGUGCUGGAGCAGGGAGCGGUGUCCCGCGCAGUCUACCUGCCGCGCGGGACGUGGCGUGACGCCGACGGCGCGGUGUACGAGGGACCCGCCACCCUGGACUAUCCGGCGCCUAUCGACGUGCUGCCCUACUUCAUUCUACAAAACUAA